AUGCUCUGGCAACGGCUGAAGGAGAUAUGCAUCUACUUCUGGAACUUCCGCUACCUGCCGCUGAAAUACCGGUGGCUCCUGAUCAAGUUCCGCCGUCGCUUCCUGCCGACCCAGACCGGGCUCGGUCUGCGUAACGCCCUGCGCCAUGCCCGCUCGCUCAAGCACCCGCCCGAGCCCCACCCCUACCUCUUUGUCCUGCGUCUCCUCUGGCCCUUCCCGACCUGGGACUUCCGCGCCGUGCUCCCGCCGCCCCCGAGGGCCAUCAUGGCCAACCCCGAGGGCGUCCGCUGCCGGGUCCGCGACCUGAUCUACCUCCGCUCCAUGCCAUUGUGGCGCGCGCGCGACACGCCGCAGCGGUCCUUCUACCGCCUCUACGAGGCCUUCUGCGCCGCCGACGGACACAUGAUCACGUACGAGACCGAGUAUUUCUGGCGCCGGUCGUCGCCGCGCUGGGCCGUCGCCAACCUGCCGGACCCCGAGUGCGCCGACCCGGAGCAGUACGCCGUCAUGGCGGCCCUGGCCGACGUGCUGGUCGACUCUUUUACGUGGCGCCUGGAGCUCGGCCUGCGCCGCACCGACCAACCCAUCGUGCACCGCAGUGCGGACGCGCUGCCCUUCACGCCCGAGACGCAUCCGUCGUGGACGGCCAAGGUGCCCCCCCUGCAGGAGAAGCUCGUUAUUCACCCUGAGGAAGACGUGUAUUUCGACAGCCCCCUCCACCGCCGCAACGUUUACAUGGCCACCGGGUGGUUCUACACCGUCUGA